AUGGCGGGGCAACCCGUACUUGCAGUGGCCAUCCGCUUGGGCAUCAGUGAGCAAGAACUGGCAGAACGGCUGGCCGAUCGCUUCACGGCACUGCCAUUAGCCCGACCUGCGGCCAUCAGCACCACGCCUGCCCCCAAGCCGCCGCAAAGCCACCACCCUGCCUGGACUGCCAGCCAAAUUGCAGCUCUAUGCCAGGAGCCCAUUUUCGAGUACGUGCUGAAUGCUGCUCUGGCCAGAACCAAGCGCCGAAGUGCCCCCGGCGCCGACGGCAUCACAUACCAGAUGCUGCGUAACCUGGAUUUGGCUGCCCGACAACGCCUGUUGAGGGCUUUCAAUGACGUUUGGCAGAGUGGCACCCUACCUGAGGCCUGGCUGACUGCUGUGGUGGUGCCCGUCCGGAAACAUGGUCGCCCUGGUGCAGCCAUUGCAUCCUACAGGCCCAUCUCUCUCACCUCUGCUGCCUGCAAGCUCAUGGAAGCCAUAGCUCUGGCACGCUUGAGUUGGAUUGCUGGGGCAACGGAGUUCCUAUCAGAGCAGCAGACAGGCUUCCGGUGCCACCGCUGCACAGCAGACUCAAUUGCGGACGUCGUCUCCACCCUGGAGGAGGCCAGGAGCAAAGGCGAGGUGGCCCUCCUUGUACUGCUGGAUGUCCAAAGCGCUUUUGAAGGCUUGCCACAUAUGGUCAUAGAGAGUGCUCUGGACGCACUUGGCAUAACGGGCUUUCUCCGUGCUUUCAUCAGUGCCUUCUUAGACGGACGGACCCUCCGGGUUAGAAUUGGGCGCGCGGUCGGCGAUCCAAGCUCAGUGACAGCCGGCGUCGCACAAGGUUCUGUCCUGAGCACCUUUUUGUUCAACUUGGUGCUGGCAGGGCUACCUGAAAUGCUACCGGUUGACAAUCGCUACCCCACGCAGUGCUCCUUGUACGCAGAAGACGUGGCACUGUGGACGGAGGCGCUGCUGGUUCACCCCAGAGUCGCUGCGCGGAGGGCCAUCCGAAAGCUUGUGUUGGGAGACCGGCCAAUCCCGUGGAGCAAGGCGGUGACGUACCUGGGGCUAAGGAUCGAUCACCGCCUCACCUGGAUACCAGCCGUCAAACUCGCGACCUUCAAGGCAACCAAAGUUCAGACUGCUGUGGGCAAGCUGUUGAGCAGGGGCCAAGGGUGCACCCCGCGACUGGCACUUCAGCUCUACCAGGGGGCUGCAACGGCAGCGCAAACCUACGCACUGCCCCUGGUGCAUUUGGCGCAACACCGCAAGGAGCAGUUGGAGCGGCAACACCGCAUGGCGAUUCGGCGCUUCAUGGGACUCCCGCGCCAGUCGCCCGUGGCUGCUUCAUUGGCAGAGGCCCAGACGUGGCCUCUGUCUCUCCUUAUGCUGCGACAGGCGCUGCAUCAUGUGGACCGUCUCCACAGGGCUCCAGGGGGCGAUGCCCUCCUACGGAGACUGCGGAGCCGACCAGCUUCACAGAUGGGACAAAUCUGCGCACUCUAUGAAGAACUGGUGCCCGCGGCUCCCUGUCCUAUCCAGCCCCCUCCACCACACCAGCAGCCUCUGGACUCAGCCGUGGCGAAACUCCACGCCAGGCUGCGGGGGCACCUCCUGGUGUUCACGGACGGAUCUGUCCGGGACAGCCCCCGCUCGGCCGCGGCUGCCUGUGUCAUACCCACGACUGGGACGACCAUCCGGUGCCGCCUUCCCUUCCACGCCAGCUCCACUGCAGCAGAAUUGGCUGGCCUUCACUUGUCAGCCGACUAUCUCGCUGCUAUGCCACCCCAGCUGCCCGUGGCGAUCCUGUUGUAG